AUGAACGACAUAGAGAAGAAAGAAGAGCCCCUGAAUAACGCACAUGAUGAAGCAAGCGCCGAAAGCCAAACAAUUGAUCACACUCAUGGUGGUACCCUUCACCGGGUUUACAACAUAUGGACAGCGACCCUUUACCAAGUCCUCAUGAUGGCAAGUUGGACCUGUAACGUUGUCCUCUACGACACGGUUUUUACUAUCGGCGGGCCGAUGAUGCUCAUCUACUCGACAAUCAUUGUGACACUUGGUCAAUGCCUGAUGAUGGCUUCACUUGGCGAACUCUGCUCCGUUUGGCCUUACGCUGGCGGGCAACAGGCUUUCACUAAAUAUAUGGCACCAACCAACGCCCGUCGUGUUCUAUCCUAUAUUAUAGGAUGGAUCGUGUUCCUGGCCGAGGUUGCCACUUCAGCUGGAUGUGCCAUGAACAAUGCUCAGCUCAUCGGUGGGCUUGUAAACUUGACCCAUCCCGAUUACGCAAUAACGAACUGGUUGACUUGGAUCAUGUAUACCACCUUCCUGCUGUUGUCGAUACCGUUUUCCAUGUCCCAGAAGCAUUUGCCCGCAAUUUCAGUGAUUGGAGGCGUCAUCACGCUCGCGGGGUUCAUCGCAUGGGCCGUUGCGUUCCUCGUCAUGGCACCCAAGAUGAGCGCAAGAUUCGUCUUCACUGAAUUGAUCAAUUCGUCCGGAUAUAACAGCGUCGGAUGGGUUGGCAUCAUGAGCUUUUACACUCCCGUGUACGCCCUCUAUGGCACGGAUGGCAUUCUGCAUUUGGCAGAAGAGAUGAAGGACCCCUCCACGAAUGCUCCCAAAGCUAUGAUCUGGGCUAUGCUCGCCAGUGGUGCAUCUUCUUUGGCCGGGGCUAUCGUUCUUGGGUUUACCUCUGGACACUGGGAGCAGUACAUGGACGCCGACUCUCCGCUUAUUGCCUGGUGGGUUGACGUUCUGGAGAGUGUUGCCGGUGGCAGCGCUCUCGUGGUUCUCCUCAUUAUCCUCCUCAAUUUCUUGAUCGUUGUCAGCAUCAACACUGCAGCCUCUAGAGUUACGUGGAGCAUGGCCAAGGACCGCGCCUUUCCGUUUUCCGACCGUUUGAUCAAGAUUAACAAGAGACUUCAAACUCCCCUUAACGCAAUUUUCACCACUAUCGGCUUUCAAAUUAUGAUUGGGCUCGUAGUUUUCGGGAGCCGGAAUGCUUUCGAGACCAUCGUGAGCUUGGGAGGAGUGGCCAUUCAAAUUGGAUACUUUGUUCCCGUUGCGCUGCUUCUUCUCAAGGGUCGGAGCGUCCUUCCUGCCGACCGAGCUUACAACCUUGGCAGGUUUGGCUAUGCCAUAAAUAUUGGAGCAGUGUGCUGGGCCGCGCUUAUCAUCAUCAUGCUGUGUUUCCCACUCGUCUUUCCCAUUACCUCUUCCAAUCUCUUGGAUAUGAACUGGUCUAUUGCUGUUUUUGCUGCAGCCGUCCUGCUCGUUCUCGUAGAUUGGAUUUUACGGGCUCGCUUUCACUACCAAGAUGAGAUUUCUAGCUGA